UCACCGCCUAGCCUAAAGACUCGGUACGAAAACACUACCUCAAUAUGUCUGCUCUUCCGUCGCUAUCGAUCGGUUCCAAGUUCCGUAUCGCUACGCUAAACGUUAGAGGGCUUUCACAGAUUACAAAGCGACAGGAGUUAGAUGAACUGCUAUCAAAGAAAAGUAUAGAUGUGUGCUGUCUUCAGGAAACCAAGGUCGCAACGGAGGACUCCAUUGCACUGCGGCACGGCCACCUACAGUUGCUGGGCCAGGAGCAAGGCCACCACCGUGGAGUUGGGAUUUGGGUGAGCCGUCGGCUGAUGAAGGGGAUCCAGGGAUACAAACAGUUUGGCGACCGUAUCUUUGGUGUAAAAAUCCUUUUCAAGCAGGAGAAAUCCCAACCCCUGGUUGUAGUCGGUGCAUAUGGGCCAACCAGUCAGACGUGUGCGAAAAACCCCACGGUGAGAGACAGGUUCUACUCUCAACUGUCGGCCGCAGUCGACUACUACCCCUCACGAUCCCUGUUCUACAUGGCGGGGGAUUUCAAUUCCAAGUUGGGAGCAGGUAAAGUUGGCCACGAAGUUGGGCGAUGGGGAAAGGGACGACAAAACGAAAACGGCAAAAGCCUACUAAACUUCUGUCAGCAGCAUGGACUAGUGGCGCUUAAUACGCUAUUCCAACAUCACCCCAAACACAUAACCACAUGGGAGUCUAGCUUCAAGACGGACAAGAACAGAACUGUACGAAACCAGAUUGAUUUUGUACUAGGACGAAUCAAGCAGAGACGUACAGUCACACAGGCACGAGCAUAUCACGUUCCGGAGAUCAGCACUGAUCACCGUAUGGUAGUCGCCACCAUCUGCUCGCCUCAAAAGGUGUGGUUCUGCAACAGAUCCACACGGACGAAGGUGAUCAGGUUAGGAGAAAUCCGAAACGACAAGGACAAGCAGGAGCAGUGGAGAUCAGUAGUAUCGGCAACAGUAGCGGCACAAGAACCCACCACGUGGGAUGAAGCGGCAUCCAUGCUUGUUGAACAGGGAAGGAAGAUACUAGGCACGGAACAGCGUAGUAAGCGCACACAGACCUACUUCACGGACGACCCACUAGUCGCACAGAUAGGGGAAUAG